AUGAAGAAUAGGAAGGUCAAUCCAAAACCUGAUACAGCAGAGACAGCCAGGAAGGCAAUGAAUAAGAGAAAUAAAAAGAGCGGAGGAGAUCCCAACAUGCCAUAUUAUUAUGUCUUGGGAGGCUUCGGAGGUCUCAUGGUAGUCAUUGUUCUCUAUUUCGUGCUCAAUCCUAAAGAAUCAUUUUUGGAUAAGCAAGUUGUUGACCAAAAUGAGUUUAUGAUCAAUAAUUUGCAUAAUCAGAUGUUCACUGCUGGUCCUAAUGAGCAGUUUGAAGGAUAUACAAUGAAUGAAGCUCGAAGGUUCUUUAAUAUUGGUAUCUCUGAAACCCCUAAUAUGAACACUUGUCCUCCUAAAGAAGAUAUUGCCAUUCCAGAUGAGUAUGAUUUUACAAAGGAUCCCAAACGUGAGCACUGCGUCGAUAAAGAAGUUAGAUCUACUGGAAACUGUACAGCGGGUCAUGUCCUUAGUGUUAUCUCUACUGUUGAGGACCGUAUUUGUAUCCAAGGAAAAGAGGGAGAUAGGUUCAGACUCUCAGCCCAGGAUACAAUUUCUUGUGAUUCAAACAACUUCUAUUGUGACGGAGGAUAUGUAACUCAAGCUCUUGAAUAUGGUACAAAGUAUGGAUAUGUCAAAGAAGAAUGCUUUCCAUAUGAAGGCAAAAACACCACCUGUCCAGUUGAUCCAAAUCAGUGAAGAGAGGAUAAAGAGGCUUAUCACUUAUUAGGAUACUGUAUCGUGCAAGGUCCGAUUGAGAUCAAAAAAGAAAUUCUCAAGAAUGGUCCAGUUAUUGCUCCAAUGACUCCAUUCACAGAUUUCUUGACAUAUAAGGAAGGAAUUUAUCAUCCACAGGAAUCAGCAUUCAAGUUUAAUGGACAACAAGCCCUCAAAAUUGUUGGUUGGGAACAAACUCUUAAUGGAGAAGCAUGGAUCAUUGAGAACUCUUGGGGACCAUCCUGGGGAGAAAAAGGGUAUGCUAAAGUAAUGGCUGGAAUUCGAGAUAUCGGAUUAGAUUAUAUUGGUAUUGCCCCAAUGCCAACUGGAAGCAAUGCAGCAGAUUGGGAAGUAGAAUCAGAAAAGCUGAGACAAGACUAUGCCAAAUAUGCUGAAGCUCAAAAAGCUGAAACCGAACAGGUAGAAGGUAUUGAGGUAGAAGAAGUAGAUGCAUAAGCCAGUGAAAAUGCAGAAUAAAUAAACAGCUGUUAAAUUUAAAUCUCAAUA